CACUUUGCAGUCAGCUGUCAAAGUGAAAAUUUCUUAUCAGUGACGGACCCAAAAAUAUUGCAGUUUACAUUUUUUCGCAAAAAAUACGUUUUAAAAGGAUUAAAAGGACAAAAACAAGAUCGUGCCAAAAAUAAUGAUUCUCUAGGUGCUUUUCGAAGCGGAAAAUUUGCUAAAAAAUCUUCGAAUCAUCUUUUUUCGCAACAAAUUAAGUCACCAUGCUGAACACGAACCUGGUCGUGCCCGUCGUGCUGUGGGGCCCAAACACCCCAACCCACUGCGUGUCGAGCGUUUUCCUGUCACGGGACCAGAAAAUUCUUGCCACGGGCUGCUACGAUGGGCAGAUUUGCUUGUGGCAAGUUGAUCCGGAUACGCUACAGAUGACGCCGCGAUGUUUGCUGGUGGGCCACACGGCUCCGGUGCUCUGUUUGACGCGGGCUUCUAUUAUUCAGGAUAAUAACUUCUUGGUUAGUUCGUCGGAAAAUGGGGAGAUGUGCACCUGGGACUUGGUUGAUGGAAAGUGUACCGAGAGUAUAAAGAUGGCCCAGGUCCACACGAACAUUCAGGCUUAUCACAUGGCUGGGUGUGACGAUAUCCGGCUGUUUUGUAACGGGUACUAUGCCGAGAUUAUGGUGAUGGACCCGUUCAGCUUGGAGGUGUUGUUCUGUUUGAGUUCCAAGGUGAAUCCGGAUUGGAUUUCGGCGCUGCACGUGUUGAGACCGUCGAAGCGUAAGGAUGACGUGGUGUUGGCCAUAACGACUACGGGAACGGUCAAGGUUUGGACGUUGAUUGGGAACGAGAACAAAUAUUCGGAGCCGAUUUACGAGAACGAAUCGAAGCAGAUUCGUUGCUUGAAUGCCAUUACGAUGAACUGUUGCUCGCAGAACCAGCGGACGGUGCUGAUUGUGUGCGCCAAAUAUUGGCAGAUUUACGACGCAGGGGAUUUCACCGUUUUAUGCAGCGUGAUUUCUCCGUCUGGGGAGCGCUGGAUGGGUGGAGACUUUCUGGCGAAUGAUCGCGUCAUUUUGUGGUCUGACGAGGGCAAAGGUUACAUGUACCGGCUGCCGGCCAACAGCAUUCCGGACAAUAAGGAUUUCCAUGGUCCGUCGGUUGGGAAGGAUUCCCCGUUCUUGUACUGCGUGUUGUCGCAGACUGGAGAGAAACCGCUGUCGUGUCCUCCGACUAUGAAGUUGGUGACGUCCAAUCGCAACGGUAAAACGCAGAAAUAUCUGCUGCGCGGCGAUUCCGAAGGAUUUAUCAAUAUUUGGGCCGUGCCGGACAUUACCAUGGAGCAGAUCAAGGUGAUUCAGAACGAGAAACGGCUGCCGUCGACUCUAGAGUCAACGAUUUGCACCAGCUUGGAGGAAGCCUGGAACAAGAUGAACCCCCUGCCGGUGGGAAUCCUGGACCAGCUGUAUCGCAACAGCAGCGAACCCAUGAUCAAACUGACGGCCAGCAUCUACUUGCCGCUGCAAAGUCGUCUCGUUGUGGGUCGCGAGGACGGUUCCAUCGUAAUCGUGCCCGCCACCCAAACCGUGAUGUUGCAUCUGCUCUACGGACAGCACCAGGAGUACAUCGACUGGCCUCGUCAUCAAGUGCUGAACGGGCACAGCGGUCGCGUCAACUGCCUGCUGUGUCCGUCGUUGGCGCAUCCGCGCUACGACAAGGCACAUCUCGUGUCCGGCGGAGUGGACUUUGCCGUCUGUCUGUGGGAUCUGUACAGCGGCCAGCUGAUUCAUCGGUUCUGCGUUCACGCCGGGGAAAUCACCCAGCUGUUGGUGCCACCGUCGACGUGCAGCCCACGAAUCCUAAAAUGCAUCUGCUCGGUCGCCUCCGACCACUCGGUCACGCUGCUCAGCCUGCAGGAGCGCAAGUGCGUCACCCUAGCCAGUCGGCACCUGUUCCCGGUGGUUUCGAUCAAGUGGCGCCCGCUGGAUGACUUCCUAAUCGUAGGCUGCUCCGACGGAACAAUUUACGUUUGGCAGAUGGAGACGGGACACCUGGAUCGGGUGCUUCACGGAAUCCUCGCGGAAGAGGUGAUGAACGCGUGUGACGAGCACGCCGGCGAGACGGGUGGCAGCUCGGGCUCGACCUCGGAUAUGGGGCUCGCGAAUCCAGCGGUGCACUUUUUCCGCGGCCUGCGGCAUCGCAACUUUAACGCGAUUCGGCACGCCACCCAGCGGGGCAUUCAUCAGCUGCAGCAGCUGCACGCGCACAACAACCAGCACGGGGACUUUCUGAUGAAGAACCGGAGCAGCCCGCUGAUCAUCCAGGGACUGCGGACGAACCCGAAAGACGCCGAGAGUCACAUCUUGUUCUUUGAUAUUGAGGGAUUGAUCUUCGAGCUGCACGCUGAAGAGUACGCUGCCAUGAGUCCGAGCACUUUGGAGGCUGAGGGACUUCUCAUACCAGCUGGAACGGAAACUCACUCUUCUGAUGCCGGCAAAAAGAUUUCAGAUUUCUUUGGUCGCGUUAAGAACAAGGCCGGGGACAUGGAGAAAAUUUUAAAAGAAAAAGAUAAACAUGGCAUACUCGCAAAAAUGAAGGAAGGGGCAGAGAAUGUACAGACAAAGGUUCAGGCAAAGUUGGAUAGUGUAGUCAAGAACGUUGGUGACACGGGUAAGGAUGGCUCCGACAUCAGCAAGAAGAUCGCCCCCCGAAUGGAGGCAACCCACGUGAUGGAAGUGGCCCAGCUUCUUCUGUCGUUGCUGCACUCGUGGGGCCUCGAUCCCCACCUGGACAAGGUCUGCGAGAGUCAGCUGGGCUUGCUGAAGCCGAUGAUUCCCGUUUCGUUUGGCGUUCUCUCUAAGGGAGGUUACAUGUCGCUACUGUUGCCAACUUGGCAAAACAACGUAGAGAUGAAGUUGACUCCGGAGGAGAUUAGGGCCGCGUCCUCGACGGCGGAACAGAUGAGGCAGGACCAUUUAACCAGCAUAUUUACGGCUCGCUUGCACUGGGAGCUUAGCACAACCCUAACUUCAAACCAUCUCUUGGCGUUGAUUUCCAUGUCCAACACGCUGAUGUCGAUGAACAUGGCGACGUUCAUUCCGGAGCAGGAACGCAACCGGAAGCUCCACCGCCAAUCCACCCGCGCCUCGUGGACCAACGACGAAGAGCAGGAAGAGUUGUACACCCAGCAGCAGGCCCAGAUCAAGCAAGGUUGGAGUCUCCUCUCGACCCACCAUUGCUUCCUACUGCCGGAGAAGAUCGACGCACUGGAUGCGAACACCUUCAAACGGCCCCAAGUGGAGAUGAUGGCUCGCCGUUGGCAGCAUCACUGUCUGGAGAUACGCGAAGCUGCGCAGCAGUUGCUUCUCGGUGAGCUCGGACGUAUGGGCAAGAAAGGUCGCAAACAGCUCGUCGAGAGUUGGGCUCAGUAUCUGCCGAUGUACACCCACACGGAACCCAUCGUACCGCAGGCACAACCCACCGGUCAACCCAACACAGGUUCGCCGGUUCAAACCCCAAGUGGACAAGCGUUGGAAGCCCAAGAGGAAGAAUCUGAAGAAGAGGAAGAAGUAGUUCGCAAGCCGUCCAGUUUGGCCGAACUCAAGCGCAAGCAAACAACGGCCGUCGUCCUGCUCGGUGUGAUUGGAGCCGAAUUCGGACAGGACAUCUCCUCGUCCGACGGCAAGCGAAACAACGAAAACCGUCGCAAGAGCUCCGUCGUCGAAGGAUUCGGCAUCGGAAACAACAACCUCGCACGAUCCACUUCAAUGGCUCUCACCCAUCUUCUGCUAGCUCCAUCAACCCCGAAACUCCCCGCUUACACACCUCUCCGAAGGGCAGCUAUCGACCUCAUCGGGCGCGGAUUCACCGUUUGGGAGCCGUACAUUGACGUCAGCCGAGUUCUGAUGGGACUGCUCGAGAUGUGCUGCGACUCGAAUCGACUCAUCCCAAGCCUCAACUACAAACUACCCCUUACGCCACAAGCCGACGCCUGUCGGACGGCACGCCACGCUCUCAGACUCAUCGCGACGGCACGACCGGCGGCGUUCAUCACGACGAUGGCCCGUGAAGUGGCGCGCUACAAUACGAUGCAGCAGAACGCGCAAGCGAUUAGCGUUCCGAUUACGCAGUCCGUGCUGCAUCGGGCCAAGCGGGAGAUUCUGCAGUGCGUCGAGAUGUUGAUCGACAAGAUGCAGACCGAGAUUGCGAAUCUGCUGGUGGAGGUAAUGGACAUCACGCUGCAUUGUGUUGAUGCCGGUGACCUGAAGAACAAGGGCCUCGCCGAAGUGAGCCCUUCGAUGUGCAAGUUUAACCAGGUGUCCCAUUGUGCCGCAUCGCGACGAAUUGCCGUCGGCGCAAGCAACGGCCACCUGGCGAUCUACGAGCUGCGCCAGAACAAGUGCCAGAUGAUUCCGGCCCACACGAAACCGGUCACGGCGCUGGCCUUCAGCCCGGACGGGAAGUUUUUGGUGAGCUACUCGUGCGCCGAGAACCGACUGUCGUUCUGGCAGACGAGCACCGGCAUGUUCGGCCUGGGUCAGUCGCAGACACGCUGCAUCAAGGGCUACUCGACGGCACCGAUUCCGGACGUGGCCCGGCUCAACCCGAUGCGGCUGGCAAAGUUGAUUUGGAUCAACAACCGAACCGUGACGCUGAUGCUGGCCGACGGUUCCGAGACGCGGUUCAACGUUUAAGCGCGGUUGGCUUAAGGCUUAAGUAAGUAGCUCUAUUCAACGGCGUGAUCCCAAUUUGUUGCAAUUUUGACCACCGAAAGACAAAGUUCGCGUGAUCGUGAAGCCGGUGCCCAAUUUAUAUAUAUAUUUAUCACUCAUUUUCCUAACUGUCAUUUGCGGCGCUCUCGGCUUAGUCGCGUGCGAAGAAACGCGAACGCGCAAAGCAAAAUCAAAAAGAAAAGAUUAACCAUCUCUCGCGCAACGCGUGUGAGAGAUUCGAGAGAAAGGAAGAAAGAAAUCAAUGCAUUCUCGGCUGGCCCCACCACUGACUUAUAUAAUUAUGCAAAUUUCGCGUGAUUUGGUGGAGCGCUGGUUCUUUCGCCUAUCUUAUCUCCCAAACCGAUCGAACUGCUUUCACAAAAAAAAACGUGUACUAGCUGCUGCGAGCAGAUCGAGAUCGCCGCCGGGGAGGAUGUCCGAAUUAAACGGAUUGGGAUUGGAAGGGGACGACGAUUUAUGAUUUGACCCAUUUUUCUGUGCAUGUUUGCGGGCCAACUUGCUGACUUGCUUCUUUUUUGUUUUGUUUUAUUUGGUUUCGCCCGAAUGACUCUGGACAGGUGAAGUGACCUGAAUUAGUGAUGUGAUUGUUAUUUUUUGUGUGUUGGCAAAAAAUAAAUAAAAUAAAACCAAGCUAUCGUUUCCGGCGAAGCAAAGCGGAUAAAAAUGAUAAUAAUUAGGUGUCCAAAGGAAACAUAAAUUUUAACAUUCGGUGUAAUCUUCAUGAUUAGAGAAAUAUAAUUUAUUAAAGCUAUCAAUAAUGUGGAAUUGAUGUCCCGUUAUAAAUGUAAUAUAUUGUUUUGAAAUACCUAUUCUGAAUACGUUUUACAAUUGAUUGAAAAAGUCUCAAGCAUAAAAAUAUACAAAUGAUAUGCACUCAAAAUAGAUGACUAAUAGAACUGUUGAGUACGAUAACAGUUUGACAUUUAUGGGUGUAAUAAAGCUACAUUAGAUUAGUGAUCCUCUUGUCCUUCAUAUACAUUAUUCAUCUAUCCAUUACAAUCAAAGUAUUAAAUAUUAGAAAGAAAACAAGCUAUUAUAUAACUGUUGCAUUGUAGAACAAUAUGUCGUUAUUCGUUGAACAAUAAAUUAUAACUUAAUCACUAUCAUCCA